AUGAUCACCAGACAAGGGCCAUUCCAGUUGAUCGAAAACGAUGAGAUCAAGGCUGAAGAGGUUGUUCAUUGGGUAAUGGAAGACAACAACUAUCGACCUUCACUAGAGGGCAUUUCUGUGGCCAAUUACAUCGCUGAUACGAUGACACUGUGUUGGGCUGAAAACGUGGACAGUAGACCGGAUUUCCGAAAUGCAAUCAGACAUAAACUAAAACCAAUGUUUGCGCCUAUUUACAAACAAAAUAUAAUGGAUCAUAUGAUGUUGAUGAUGGAGAAAUAUCAGAAUCAAUUGGAAGAUUUGGUUGAAGAGCGGACAGCCGAAUUGAGAGAUGAAAAACGAAGAAGCGAAAAUCUUUUACAAAGAAUGUUACCAAUAACGGUAGCUCAGCAACUGCUAGCUGGAAAAGACGUUGUGCCGGAGUCAUUUCCAUCGGUCACAAUCUAUUUCUCGGAUAUCGUUGGUUUCACGGCCAUCUCUGGAGAGUCUACACCGAUGCAAGUUGUUGAAUUCCUGAAUAAACUCUACACUCUAUUCGAUCAUAUCAUCAAACAGUACAAUGUUUAUAAGGUUGAAACCAUUGGUGAUGCGUACAUGGUCGUAUCGGGUAUUCCCGAAGCGCAAGCUCUCGAAUUUCACGCUGAGCAAAUCGCAAUGAUGGCGUUGCAUUUGUUGGCAGCCGUGAAGAAUUUCCGGAUUCCACAUCGACCCGACGAUCAACUGAAACUUCGAAUUGGUAUUCAUACAGGACCGUGUGUUGCUGGUGUUGUCGGCAAAACAAUGCCAAGUCAAUUUUCUGGUAGUAAGCGGCGUAUUUCAUUUGCAGCGUUGAAAGUUCACUGCAGUGAGCAGUCACGAAACGUUCUCGUCAAUAUCGAUGGUUUCGAAUUGCAAGAGCGUGGAUUGUUGCAGAUAAAGGGUAAAGGUAUUAUGCGAACGUUUUGGUUAACAGGACGAAACAAUUACGAUUUUUCGGUUGACGAUGAAUGUAGUUUGAUCGAGGAACGGUUAGCGCCAGACAUAUUCCCGAGGAAUCCAGCUCGGAAUCGGCUUUCAUCAUGGGCGAUCGAUCGUGGCUCAUCGAUAUCUCUGGGCAACAAAGAGCCAUCGUUGUUGAGACGAAUCGUUGAGCGAGCCUCAUGUCGCACGCCGUUGGCCGAAGUGACAUAUUCACAGCAAAAUGGCGGACUCGUCUCAAUAUCCAAUUCGUCCAGGGAGUUGUUCGACUUGAUCGAAGAGCACUCCUCAUCGAAUUCCGGCAGGAAACGUUCCAUGUCAUUGCCUGGCAGUGAAAUUCCGACGAUAGACGAAUGUCAAAAUCAUGCAGAAUCUGCAUCGCGACAUCCCUCAAUCAUCGCCAUGUCAAAUGCAGAUGAAACUCAACUGCUCAAGUCCCACCAGCAUCAUCUGCUCGAAGACAGUGGAGAUUUGUAUUUCGAUGCGACCGGCACGCAGCCACUCUUCAACGUUUUAGAAGACGGUGAUACGUCAAGUGUUAUUAGGAAACGUUCGCUAUCAUGUGGUGAUAAUCUAAGUGCAAUAGAGGCGUUCCCUGAAUCAACAGAUCCAUGCAGCCCGCUGAUUACGCCG